GAUUUUUAUUAUCGACAGUCAUCACUGCUCAUCAUCAUCGCCCUCAUCUCUUCUCUUCUCUUCUAAACCCAACCAUUUCUCUCCUCCUCAACAUUUUUCUUUCUUUCUUUUGGCCUUUCAAAACCAACCCAGAGCUAUAGAUUUCGCUUCCAUGAAGGCUCGCGUUUACACUAAUCUCUACGAGUACCCUUCCUAACCCUAACCCCUUAAACCAGCCAGCAGACUACUUUUACCAGUCUUUAUAAUUUGGUCCUUCUUUAAUCCUCCGUUUUUGUCUUGGUUUCUGAGACUGUUAGAUGUUUUGAGUGAUGGAUAUAGCGCCUUCCAUCACCACCACGACCACCACCACCAGCACCAAAUCCCCCGAAGCCGACAGCGACACUCCGACCCGGAUCCAGCCCGCCAAGCCCAUCUCCUUCAGCAACGGGGUCCUCAAGCGCCACCACCCCGCCCACCACAACAGCAGCAUCCCUGUCACUCCCGUCGUAGUCACCUACAAAGAAUGCCUCAAGAACCACGCCGCCAGCUUGGGCGGCCACGCCCUCGACGGUUGCGGCGAGUUCAUGCCUUCCCCCACCGCCACCCCAACGGACCCCACCUCGCUAAAAUGCGCCGCCUGCGGAUGCCACCGCAAUUUCCACCGCCGUGAGCCGGAGGACAAUAUUCCGGCAGUCGCUCCCGCAACUCAUGUCAUCGAGUACCAGCCCCACCACCGCCACCACCCGCCGCCGCCACUCAUCGGGAACAGGAGCCCCAAUUCAGCUUCCCCGCCGCCGAUCUCCUCCUCCUACUACCCUUCAGCUCCCCACAUGCUGCUCGCUCUCUCCACCGGGAUUUCUGACAACCCGAACAACCACCACGGCGGCCAAAUUGUGUCCCCCGGCGGGUCUAAUGCGAGGAAGCGGUUCCGGACCAAGUUCAGCCAGGAGCAGAAGGACAAGAUGUUCCAGUUUGCGGAGAGAGUUGGGUGGAAGAUGCAGAAGCGCGACGAGGACAUCGUCCAUGAGUUCUGCAACGAAAUCGGAGUCGAUAAAGGAGUUCUCAAGGUGUGGAUGCACAACAACAAGAACAGCUUCGCCAAGCGCGACGGCAGCGGUGGCGCUGGUAAUGGCAUUAACACAACCGCCGCAGCGAGACUUCCCAACAGUACUUUGGACCAAAUCCACAACAACAUGAACGGUAACAACAAUAACACCAGCAACGAAGAGGACGAGGACGACGAUCAUCCCAACAACAACAACAACACCAACGGUGGUGAGAGUCUGAGCAACAUUCCGAACCCGAUUCACCAUCACUACCAGCUUGGCGGCGAUCACCCGCACGGUGUCACUAACGGUGGGUCGUCAUCUUCUUCUUGAUCCUUUCGAAGGAAUAAUUAAUAAGGAGAGUACUUAAUUAGAGAAUCAUAGAGUAAGAGAAGCCAGUACGUAUUAAUUAAGAGAGACCAGUUUCGUUUCUUUAAUUUCUCUUCUUUCUCUUUUCUCAUUCUGUUUAGUUUAAUCACUUUGUUGAUGCUGAGGAUAAUAUAACCUGGGGAGCAGCUAGAGUUUGGUUCAUGAUCCAAAA